AUGGACGAGCGACCGCACUCCACCACCACCAGCACCAGCAACAGCACCCUCGAUCGUGCUGUCCAACACCGCAGCCACUCCAACACGCUCCACCACCCGCACCAGCAGCCCUCGGGCGCAGUCGCAGCCCACACCCACACCGACACAGACCCCAUGUCGUACACCGACAGCCAGGACGGGUCCAUCUCGCCCCAGCCAGCAGCCGAACGAGCAUCGGGAGCGAGGCAGGAACCGGCGCACGCUGAGCAGAGGGGGGCCAGCACUAGUGGUGCAGCGAAGAAGGGCGCAAAGAGAGGAGCGCAGGCGGACAAGGUCGCGCUCGACAAGGACGGCAACCCAAAGAAGAAGCGCAAGCAGCUCGUAGCAUGCGACUCGUGCAGGCUGAGGCGAGUCAAGUGCGACAAGGCAGACAUGGGCGGCGGAUCCUGUUCCGAGUGCGUCAAGAAGAGCAUCACCUGCACCGACACCUACGUCAAGAACAAGCCCAAGGUCGUGCGAGGUGGCAAACUCAUCGCCCAAGCCAAGAAACUUUACGGUGAGAACGGCCUCGGCGGACCCGUCGCUUCCUCCUCGGCCUCGCCUACCAAGCUCGAGUACGAGUCGUCCGAAGACGGGCGGCGGCAGUCGUUCAGCUCCGUCCUGCCGUUCAGCGACCACCGCUUGUCGUUCUCGUUCGUCAACCAAGAACUCGGCGAGCACCUCGUCCGCACCUUUUUCGACAUCCUCCAGCCCCAAUGCCCGCUCGUCGACCAAGACAUGUUCCUCCAGGCAUGGGAAGCAGCAGGCCGAGUACCGGAGAACAUGUCUCCCGCGAACGAGUGCCUCGCGUUGGUUAUCCAGGCCUGGGCCGCCCGAAUCACCGACAAUCCCUCCGUCAUCGGCCCGAACGGCCCAACCCUCGACCUCCUCAAACGCGGCGAAGGCCAAGACUUCACCGAAGUCGGGAACCGGCGGCAGGAGUUUGCGCGUGCGGCGUUGCAGCGCGCGUUGAGUACGGUCGAUCAGAGAGGCGCGUUGAGGUUGGCGAGUGCGACGAGUUGUUCGGCGUUGACGCUGCUGGAGUUUUUGGUCACUUGGGACGACUCGAACCUGAAAACGACAACAGGUCGCCACCUCCUCUCCUCGGCGUGCGAACACCUGCGCAACCUCCAACUCGGCACCUGCGACGACCCGAACGAGCAGCCCAUCCCGCCCGAGCGCGCGUCGAACGGGACGCUGCUUUGGAUGAUUUAUACGCGAGACGCGUUGGGAAGUAUGAUGGGCGGGAGGUUUUGCUCGCUGACGGAUGACGACCUGGCGAGCUUGUGCGACCUCUUCACCAACCCCAUCACAGCGGACGUCAUGUCGUACGUCUCUUCGAACGACGCGCGGAUGUUGUCCGGCCUCGCGGUCGCCUCGAUCUUCCGCUACUGCGCGUCGAUCGUCCGGAAUACGGUGUUGCGGUUGACUGGUCCCCUCGCUCGCCGACAACGCCUCAAUGAACAAGUCGUCCGUGACAUCUGGGCCGAGCUGGACGAAGGCAGUCGGUUCGGCGCCAUCUUCCGCCAAUCUGUCGAGCGCGCGACGUUCGGUGCUGAUGCGCCCAAGACGGACGUCUGGUUCCGCGACUUGAUCGCCAUGAAGUCGCAACACACGCUCGGCAUCCACUUUGCGAUCCUCGACCGUUUGCGGGAGGAAGAGCAGAAGGCGCCCGAGUACCAAGACCCUGAGUACCUCCAUGUGCUCAGGCGGGUCAGGCAGCAGUCGGACGAGCGGUUGGUCUUUGUCGCGCGCGAGUAUACACGAGUCUUGCGCGCGUAUGGAGCGGGCGUCAUCUUCUCGGCUGCUAUCACGGUCGAGUACAGCUCGAUCUUGCUCAAUUCGUUGGUGGAGAUGCCGGCGGUUGAGCAGGGUGGAUCGGUUGCGGAUUGGACGUGGGCACAGAAGAUCGAGGAGGUGUCGCAGUGCAUCGACCUCAUCAAGCUGUCGGGGUGGAUGUGGAGCGGCUACGACGGAGUCAUCGCCCGCGCGCGGCACAUGCUGGGCCAGCAGAGCAUGCAACUCCAGCAUCACGCGACUGCCGCGCCUCCCCCUCCCCUUCCUCCCAUCUCGACCUCCUAUCUCCCGAGCUCGCAAGCACCCGUCCGCAGCGACUGGGCUCACCACCCUCUCCCACCUCCGCCGCCUGCCUCGACCGCUUCCGGUCCGAGCAGCGGCUCACCAGCGACGUACGGCUUCGACUCGAGCCGACUCGGUCCGCCUCGUCACCCGUCGUUCUCGUACGGAUCUGGAAGCCCCUCGACGCCCCUCACGCCCCUCGCGCACGCUUCGCCUACGCUUCCUCAGCCCAUGCCGUCGCGCGAGUUUGGGAACGGCACGUCGCCGCAACAACAAGCGCAGCACCUCGCACCGCUGCACCACCACCUCUCCCCUGCGAACGGACGGAACGCCGCGCUCCCGCCGCUCUCGUCGUACCGGAUCGUGCACCAGCCUCUGCCCGCGCAAGCAGGAGGCGCACUCCCGCAACCUCCGCGUCCCUAG